AUGAUCGUGCACAAGCACUCCUCCCACUACCUGAGUGGGCGGAUUCGCUUUCCUGCCCCUACAGGGACCCGUAGGACCCUGCGUGGCGUGCGGCUGCGAACGGGCAGGUACGCAUGGGGCUCGGGGGAGGCGCGCUCGAGCUCCCGGCGGCGACGACUACGACGACCAGCAGAGCGGACGGAGGCGGUGCCUGAAGCAGUGGCGGAGCCCAUGCCCCGGGAAAGCGGGAGGGCCCGGAGAGACAAGUCCGGGGCCCGGGGCAUGUCCCCGGGGCCCCCGAGGCGGCGGCGGCGAUGGAGACCCCCGCCGCAGGAGGCGCCGCCCGGGCCGAGCGCGGACGGCGAGGCCGAGGAGGCCCCCGCUGAGGCCCUGUCACAGCCCGCAUCGCCCCCGGCCGACGGGCGCCUCAAGGCUGUGGCCAAGCGCGUCACGUUCCCCUCCGACGAGGAUAUCGUGUCUGGAGCUGUGGAACCCAAAGACCCCUGGAGACACGCCCAGAAUGUGACCGUGGACGAGGUCAUUGGCGCCUACAAGCAGGCCUGCCAGAAGCUGAACUGCAGACAGAUCCCCAAGCUCCUCAGGCAGCUCCAGGAGUUCACAGACCUCGGGCACCGCAUUGACUGUCUGGACCUGAAAGGUGAGAAGCUUGACUACAAGACCUGCGAGGCCCUCGAAGAGGUCUUCAAGAGGCUGCAGUUCAAGGUUGUGGAUCUGGAGCAGACAAACCUGGACGAAGAUGGUGCCUCUGCCCUCUUCGACAUGAUCGAGUACUACGAGUCGGCCACCCAUCUCAACAUCUCCUUCAACAAGCACAUCGGCACCCGGGGCUGGCAGGCCGCUGCCCACAUGAUGCGCAAGACGAGCUGCCUCCAGUACCUGGAUGCCCGCAACACACCCCUGCUGGACCACUCAGCACCCUUUGUGGCCCGUGCCCUGCGCAUCCGCAGCAGCCUGGCCGUGUUGCACUUGGAGAAUGCCAGCCUAUCGGGGCGGCCCCUCAUGCUGCUCGCCACAGCCCUGAAGAUGAACAUGACUCUGCGGGAACUGUACUUGGCCGACAACAAGCUCAAUGGCCUGCAGGACUCAGCCCAGCUGGGCAACCUGCUCAAGUUCAACUGCUCCCUGCAGAUCCUGGACCUCCGUAACAACCACGUGCUGGACUCAGGUCUGGCCUACAUCUGUGAGGGCCUCAAGGAGCAGAGGAAGGGGUUGGCGACCCUGGUGCUGUGGAACAACCAGCUUACGCACACGGGCAUGGCCUUCCUGGGCAUGACGCUGCCGCACACUCACAGCCUGGAGACGCUGAACCUGGGCCACAACCCCAUCGGGAACGAGGGCGUGCGGAACCUCAAGAACGGCCUCAUUGGCAACCGCAGCGUGCUGCGCCUUGGCCUGGCCUCCACCAAGCUCACCUGCGAGGGCGCGGUGGCGGUGGCGGAGUUCAUCGCCGAGAGCCCCCGCCUCCUGAGACUGGACCUUCGGGAGAACGAGAUCAAGACGGGCGGGCUCAUGGCACUGUCGUUGGCCCUCAAGGUGAACCAUUCCCUACUGCGCCUGGACCUUGACCGCGAGCCCAAGAAGGAGGCGGUGAAGAGCUUCAUCGAGACGCAGAAGGCGCUGCUUGCGGAGAUCCAGAACGGCUGCAAGCGCAACUUUGUGCUGGCGCGGGAGCGGGAGGAGAAGGAGCAGCGCCUGCAGCUGUCGGCCUCCAUGCCCGAGAUCACCGUCACUGAGCCCCAGCCUGACGAUGAGCCUGGGGAGGAGCCUGCCGCAGAGGCGCAGGAGAACGGGGCCCCCGGCCCCAGCCCUGGGCCGGACUCAGACUCAGACUCAGACUCCGACGGGGAGGACCGGGAGGAGGAGGAUGGGGAGAGGGCUGAGGCCCCCUGCCCCGCCCUGGUGCCCCCCACGGACUCCCUGGGCCCUGGGGACAGGAGCCCCCCAGGCUGCCCCUCCUCCCCGACUGAGCAGCGCAUUUCUGUGUCCAGCCCGGGCCGGGGCCACAAAGUGUUUGUGGUGACCCGGGUGGAGAGUCCACCUGAGAGAGCAGAGCCUCCUGUGCCACCGGCCCCUCCUUCCCCCGCUGCCCCUCCUUGCCCUCCAUCCCCACCUGCCUUACCCUCCCCUCCCGCCUCACCUGCACUACCACCGGCUGAGGCUGUCAGCCCUCAGAACCUAGGGUCAUCUGAGCCUCAGCCACAGCCAGAGCCGCCUCAGUCAGGGCCACCGCUGCCCAACGGCCUGAAGCCUGAGUUUGCCCUCGCACUGCCCCCAGAGCCGCCCCCGGGGCCCGAGGCCAAGGCAGGCGGCUGUGGCCUGGAACACGAGCUGAGCUGCUCCAAGAACGAGAAGGAGCUCGAGGAGCUGCUGCUGGAAGCCAGUCAGGAAUCUGGGCAGGAGACACUGUGACACUUUAGUUCCUUUUUUCCGGUCGGUCUUCAACGAACUGAGGCCAGAGCCAUGAGAAUCUGCUCACCCUCACCCCCAGCCUUCCUGAGGCCUGGGACGCCAGGGGGUGGGGGGGGCCUUCCCGGGGACCCCCACCCCCCACAGCAACACUACAUGGGGUGCAGGAGCUACAGGGAGCGGCCCUCCCCAUCCUUACUUAAGCACUUCUAUUUAUGUGUUCAACACUCGAAGACUGGGCCGGGGGUGGAUGGGAGGAGGACGGGGAGGAGGAGGCUGACACGGUCUCCGAGGACAUCAGCCACGAGGCCAGGUGCCUUUUCCCAGGGGCCUGUUUGGCCACACCUGCCCUGUCGAGGGCAGGAGUCCUAGGUGGCAGUGGGAUGGCCCCCUGGUGGCCCCGGGCACAGGACCAGGCAGGAGGCACGGUGUGGUUGGGGCGGUGAG